UUUUCGUUGCUCAGGUUGCUCUGCGUCAACGUUAACCUGUCUAUAGUGAUUUUACUUGAAAGGAAAUAGGUUUUUUAUUAAAUAAUAAAAAAUGGGCAGUGGCGAUGAUGAAGCGCCUAAUAUUCAGUUUAAGAAAAAGAACAAGAAAUCUUUAAGGAAACGCCAAGUUUUUUCAGAUGAUAAUGACAGCGAGGAGGAAAAAGUGUCCCUCAGGGAAAAGGUUGAGGAGAUGAAAAUCAUUCAAAGACUCCGUGAGAGGCCGGCUGGUGUUGAUGUUGUUGGUUUGGCUCUCGGAGAAAACGUUGCAUCUGAUGCCAUAACAUCAGAUCCCUUUAACAUGAAAACUGGAGGAAUGGUAAAUAUGGCUGCACUGAAAAAUACAAAACAUAAGCCAAACGAUGCAUACGAAACUGGCAUUGGAACGCAGUUUAAUGCAGAGACUAAUAAACGUGACGAAGAUGAAGAAAUGGUCAAGUACAUAGAAGAAGAAUUGUCAAAGCGCAAGAGUAAAAAUAGUAACGAUGCGGCGAAUGAUGCGAAUAAUGAAAAAGGAUCUUAUUGCUCACCUGAGGAAGCAGCGUUGCGCGCGGUACCAGAACAUUUGAGACAAAGCUCAGCCAAUCGUAGUGAGGAAAUGCUUUCAAAUCAAAUGCUUUCUGGUAUUCCAGAAGUUGAUCUUGGCAUAGAAGCUAAAAUUCGUAAUAUUGAAGCUACCGAAGAGGCAAAACUAAAACUUCUUUGGGACAGGCACAGAAAGAAAGAUGGACCCUCACAGUUUGUUCCUACGAAUAUGGCUGUAAAUUUCGUGCAGCACAACAGAUUUAACAUAGAAGAUUCAGAUUUCCACAAAUCACAGCAGGAGUCUGGUGAUAAGAAAAAAUGCACUACCAAAGAAGAUAUCCGAGGAAAGCGAAAAGACAACGGAGAGAAAGCAACGGACGAUUACCAUUAUGAGAGAUUUAAAAAGCAAUUCAGGCGAUUUUAAAUCAAAUUGCAUCAUUGUAU